AUGGAGACAACGCAUGUGGAGAAAGUGAAAUCCGCUUCUCAUGAAGUUCAUGGACCAUCCAUGGAUGAAUGGGAUCCGUGGAAUCCUCCCUGUCCUCCACGCCGUCCUGCGCCUCCAGGCCUUGACCUGCUGGCCCAAGCCAAAUUAAUCAGUGAGUGGUUUGAUGAAGUAGAUGAAGUGAUCGCUACCUCGAGGAGGACCAAAAUUAUCAUUCCAGACCGUACUCCUGAGUCGGUGGAUGGUGGCUUCUGGGAUGCACUUACCCAUCUGGUGCCCAUACUGGAUGAGGAUAACGUGCAUGGCUUUCUUGACUUAUUUCAACGGGAUUAUCGUGGCUUGGCAUGGGGUUUCAUCAUCACGCCACUAACCUUCACUCAGAUGGUCAAGCAAAACGCGCUGAAAUGCGCUAAAGUUGCUUUGGUUGGCAAAGCACCUGAGCUUCGUGGGUUUCGUGCCAAUCCCAAUUGCAUGAACCGAUAUGGAUAUUUCCCUCUUCACGAAGCUGCUGAAAUGUUCUCUGUUGACAUGAUCAAGUUGCUCUUCUGCUAUAAUGCAUCGGCAAAUGUACGCACGGCUGGUCCUGAGGUCAUUGAAGGCCUACUUCCGCUCCAUGUUGCAGUUGAGAACACUUGUCUGCAUAAGUAUCUGGAGGACAAUGCAUUUCUUAACCAGGAGGAUCUGGAUAACAAUCAGGCAAAUGCGAACUAUGUCUGCAAGCUCAUCCAUCUUCUGUGCCUGCCUGAAAUGAAAAUCUUCUUGGAUACGACAAGAUUGCUUGGGGAACACACAGAUAAUCUUAUCGAUGAGCUCUGGAAUUACAUUAAGGAAGGAAGACUUGUCGAGAGCGCAAUUUUGCUCCUGGCAACUCAAAAGCAGAUCCGUGGGGGGUUAUCCUGCAACAGAAACGGCAAAAACAAGCAAGAUGGAUUUUAUGUUCUCAUAAAUCGUAUUCUGUACCACAUUGUCAGCUUGGAGAGAGGUCAAACUGGAAAGGAAAAUAGGCAGCUGGUGGCGCAGAAAAAGCUUGCUAAUGCCGCAUUACUGCUUGUUCAUGCAGUUUCCCACACUGGUGAAGCUCUUGAUGCAUAUAUCCGAUCACAUCCAGAGGUACAAAUCAUUGAUUAG